ACGACAUCCGCCAUCUUGUAAAACUAAACCACAAAUCGUCAAAUAUGAAACUGAGAAUGAUGUAUCACAUUUUCCUCUGGUUGUAACCUUCACAUUUACAAGAUCUAUGCAUGGCGCAAAGCGACUUCGACUUGUUUUUCAAAUUUCUACUCAUUGGGGACAGCGGCGUUGGAAAAACCUGCAUUUUGUUUAGAUUCGCUGACGAUGCCUUUAACCCUAACUUCAUACACACAAUCGGAAUUGAUUUCAAGAUAAAAACGUUGAAAAUAGGUGAAAAAAGAAUCAAGCUACAAAUAUGGGACACAGCCGGACAAGAGAGAUUUCAUACAAUCACAACAGCUUACUACAGAGGUGCAAUGGGGAUUGUUCUUGUUUAUGACAUAACAAGUGAGACCUCAUUUAGAAAUAUAACAAAAUGGUUUAGAAGAAUUGAGGAGAAUGCCAAUGAAGAUGUACAGAAGUUGAUAAUUGGAAACAAAUGCGAUCUGGAGAGCAAAAGAGAAGUCAGCAAGGAAAGUGCAGAACAAUUUUCUCGCAGGCAUGAUGUGAAAGUGAUGGAAUGCAGUGCAAAACAAAAUAUAAACAUAGACAAGGCAUUUCAAACUAUUACAGAGGAUAUCCUGAAUAAAGUUUGUCCACCUCAGGAAAAGGAAGAACAGUCAGUUGCAAAGAAGAAGAAAAAGAAUAAAAACGUAAAAUUAAACAAACAGAAUAACAAUGGUGGUGGCUGUUGUUGAUUAUGAAUGAUAAAUUAGGACAAUGAUGGGCAUUAUAGGGUGUUACCAGUUGGUUUGAAAGAGUUGAUGUAUAAUUUAUAUAUUUGUUUUCAAUCCUCACACCCUAAAUAUCAACAAUGAGGUGUAAUAACUUUGUUCUAAUAUUAACAAAGAUAAAUUAUGUAUUUUUAUUAUCACACCAGCUAUUACAAGGGCUGAAUUUACCACAGAUAUUCAUUUGACACUUUUUAGUUCUAAUAUAUAACAUUCAACUUUAUUGUUGUAACAAUAAUUAAUGCGUAUAUUGUAGGUAGUGGGUUGUUUAAAACCUUGAAUUAUAUUUUGAUAUGUUUAUUUUUAUUAAAAAUUGUAUAUAGUAACG